UUGCUUCUACUUACGUCACUUCCACAACAAUCGUUCUUCUAACGGACACAGCGUAAUCCUAGGUGAGAAUAUCGAGGAAAUGUGUGUGUGCACUCUCCAAAAAGAAUUUGCCACUUGUCAUACUAUACCCUCUGCUCUCGCCUUCACCAAAACGAAUUUUGCUUUUGCUACUCAUUAGAUCCUCCCUACUUCUUUGCAUCUGGCCGCCGCUACUCUAUAUAUAUAUAUAUAUAUAUAUAUGCCUUGGACUCAUUUUUUCUCUUAGUAUUUAAUCUUCUUCUUUAAUUUCUUGUGGCUGGUAAUAUAUAUCAACUCCAAAAGGGUUGAUUCUUUUGUUAAAAAAAGAAAAUGGAAAGUAAUUUGACACUCACGGGGUUUCUGAAACAUACUGCUGCAAAAUUCCCUACCCGUCGGGCUAUAUCUGUUUCGGGGAAAUUCGAUGUAACACAUGCAAGGCUUCAUGAACUUAUCGAACAUGCCGCUUCUCAACUUGUUGCUGCUGGUGUUAAGCCCCGUGAUGUCGUCGCUCUUACCUUUCCCAAUACCAUUGAGUUGGUGAUUAUGUUUUUGGCUGUAAUUCGAGUUGGAGCCACGGCAGCGCCACUAAAUUCAGCAUACACGUCCGAAGAAUUCGAGUUCUAUUUAUCAGAUUCCGAGUCCAAACUGUUGUUAAUUGCAAAGGAAGGUAAUGAGGCAGCUCAAGCAGCAGCAACGAAGCUCAAUGUCCCUCAAAUUGCUGUGACUCUGCCCCAUUCCGACUCUAAUGUCUCUCUCAUCCAGAGUAAUCCGCUCUCAGAUUCUGAAUCGGUUUCUAAGAUUGUUAAUGAACCGUCCGAUGUUGCACUUUUCCUCCAUACCUCUGGCACCACGAGCAGACCAAAGGGUGUUCCCCUGACACAACACAAUUUAGUAUCAUCAGUGAACAACAUCAAAUCGGUUUACAAACUCACUGAAUCCGACUCUACAGUCAUCGUUUUGCCACUCUUUCAUGUCCAUGGAUUAAUUGCAGGGUUACUGAGCUCACUUGGUGCUGGAGGAUCUGUGACACUCCCUGCAUCUGGGAGAUUCUCUGCUUCAUCUUUCUGGUCAGAUAUGAAAAAUUACAACGCCACAUGGUACACAGCUGUGCCUACUAUUCACCAAAUCCUAUUGGAUCGCCACUUGAGCAGUCCCGAAUCUGCUUACCCGAAACUCCGAUUCAUUAGGAGUUGCAGUGCUGCUCUAGCACCAUCUAUACUAUCUAGGCUAGAAGAAGCAUUCGGUGCACCUGUUUUAGAGGCAUAUGCAAUGACAGAGGCCACACAUUUAAUGUGUUCAAAUCCAUUACCUGAAAAUGGUCCACACUUGCCAGGGUCAGUAGGAAAACCUGUGGGUCAAGAAAUGGCAAUAUUGGAUGAGAAUGGUGUGGUACAAGGGCCUGAUUCAAAGGGAGAGAUUUGCAUUAGGGGUCCAAAUGUUACUAAAGGGUACAAGAAUAAUCCUGAGGCUAAUAAAUCUGCUUUCCAGUUUGGUUGGUUUCAUACUGGAGAUGUUGGAUACUUGGACUCUGAUGGAUAUUUGCAUUUGGUUGGAAGGAUCAAGGAAUUGAUCAACCGUGGAGGGGAAAAAAUAUCACCUAUAGAAGUGGAUGCGGUCCUUGUUUCUCAUCCUGAUAUUUCUCAGGCUGUUGCUUUCGGGGUUCCUGAUGACAAAUAUGGUGAAGAGAUAAACUGCGCAGUUAUUCCACGAGAAGGGUCAAAGAUAGAUGAAGCAGACGUCGCGGGAUUCUGCAAGAAAAAUCUGGCAGCCUUUAAGGUCCCAAAAAAGGUGUUUAUGACCGAUUCUCUUCCAAAAACUGCAACUGGUAAAAUUCAACGAAGACUUGUCGCGGACAGAUCUCAACUGCAAAAGUGCCCAAGUUUGGAGCUUAAAAAUAUACUUGGGUCUCUACAAUUGCUUAAGCAGAUUAACGGUUACUAAAAAGACUAGUAUUUUGGGGGCGUUAUGUUUCAAUAGUAGGUUAUUAUUUUUGGUAAAAUUAUUAAAAGUUCUUUUCUCUGUAGAAGUGGCUAUUAAACACAGAUAUUUUUACAAUGAAUUGGUUCUGGUCUUUUUA